AUGCAAAACAAUAAUUUAGAACAAUCAUUUGCUAAUUACGUUAAUAAGUUAAAUAGUUAUUCUGUUCUAAAGAUUAAUCAAGAUUCAUAAAACAAAUUUGGAUCUUCAAAUCUACCAAAAUUAAUUGUUCCAACUCCAUUUGAAUCGAAUGAAAUGCUGAAUUAUUUGGAAAGGGCCAAGUUUCCUAAAAAGACUGAUCUUAAUAAAACUAUAUGGAUUGAAUUUAAAUAAGAAGGCACUAAGAGUUUCAAUAAAUUAACAAAUGAACUAUUCUAAUAAUUAGAGCCAAAGAGUGUAAAAUUAAACACUACUGUACAAAGGUUGAAUUUCAGAAAAUUUCAAUUAAAAAUACCAAAAAGUUAAUAGUAGUUAAUGAGAAGUAGACAGAAAUAUUUAGAUUAACUAUUAAUUGGAUAAUAAAGAAUCAUAAAAACUGAAUUUUGA